AUGGAGUGCACGUCGUUGACCGUUCCCUUCCCGACCACGCAUUCCACUUCAAAUGAGAAUCAUUUGACGUCUAUGAACACAAAUACGGUGCUAAUUUAUGGACCCUUGGGGAAUGUGAAGGCUUGGAUCGUUAUAGGACGGAUCCGAACCAUCAACCGUGCAGCCUAUCCUCUUACCUAUUGUGCUAGACUCUUUCCACUAAAGAAAUGA